UCAGCGAUCGUGUUCAGUAGUACAUCUUGAAAUCAGUUAGAAAACGAAGCACCCGAAAUACUCGAAAAUGUCACGUUCUUUUUUGAUGGACUCCCUGCUCAGCGAUAGGCCCACUUUGGCCCAGAAGAAGGAGAAGCUGGGAUCGCCAGGAGCAAGUCCUUCGACCGCUGCUGCAGUUGCCGCAGCUGCGAUGUUGCCUUCCAUACCGAUGUUGCCAUAUCCAGCAAGCUAUGUGGGCAGCUAUCUUUUCUCCUUGGGCAUCCAACAACAACAGCAGCAGCAGCAACAACAACAGGCAGCUGCAGCAGCAGCCGCAGCAGCAGCAGCAGCAGCUGCAUUGCAGCAACAUCCACAUGUCACCUCGAGUCCUGGAUCUUUGUAUCAUCCAUAUGCCCAACUCUUCGCCAGCAAAAGGAAAUCCAGUGGUUUCAGCAACUACGAAGGAUGCUAUCCUUCGCCACCGCUGUCUGCCAAUCCGAAUAGCAACCAGCAGCAAUUGCCACUCCACAAUCUCUAUGGAACUCCAGUUGUGGGUGGUCUGCCUCUGCCAGAACCUGGUAGCUUCUGCACUUCUCCAUCGGCUUCUUCGUCUGCUUCACUGGAUUACACCAACAACUUUGAUGAACCCCAAGGAAAGCGGUUCAAGCGCGAGUCCUCCUGCUCGCCCAAUAGCUCACCUCUCAAAGUUCAAUCUUCUGGAUCGACUUCGGAAAUCACUCCUUUGAUCAGCGACUAUGCCGAUUCCAGCAAAAGGAUUCGCACUGCCUUCACCAGCACUCAGUUGUUGGAACUCGAGCGGGAAUUCUCGCAUAAUGCGUACUUAUCCCGCCUUCGUCGCAUCGAGAUCGCCAAUCGAUUGAGGCUCUCCGAGAAGCAGGUGAAGAUCUGGUUCCAGAAUCGCCGGGUUAAGCAGAAGAAGGGCGGUUCCGAGAGUCCCACCUUCAAUCUGUCCACCAACUCCAAUGGCAGUCCCCAGGCUUCUCCAGUUUCUUCCCAAGUUAAGAUCCAUGAAUUAAAAGUGGAAGCGUAGAAAAACCUACAAAAAGAAUUAACCAA